AGGGUUUCUUCUGUCGUCUGAAACUUUCUGUGUUCGUUUGCUCUUCGUCUCGCUGAUCUUUUACUUAUCCUUAACGCCAUGACUGCUCAAACUCAGGAAGAGCUUCUCGCCGCUCAGCUCGAGGAGCAAAAGAUUAAUUCUGAUGAACCCGUAAUUGAGGAUGAGGAUGAUGACGACGACGAGGAUGAAGAUGAUGACAAAGAUGAUGAUGAUGUUGAAGGACAUGGAGAGGCCAGUGGCAGGUCGAAGCAAAGCAGAAGCGAAAAAAAGAGUCGCAAAGCAAUGCUGAAACUCGGAAUGAAGCCAAUCCCCGGUGUGAGCCGUGUCACAGUCAAGAAGAGCAAGAAUAUCCUCUUUGUCAUCUCGAAACCAGAUGUUUUCAAGAGUCCUACUUCCGAUACCUACAUCAUCUUCGGGGAAGCAAAGAUCGAAGAUUUGAGCUCCCAACUGCAGUCCCAGGCUGCAGAGCAGUUCAAGGCACCGAAUUUGAGCAACUUGACAUCAAAGCCCGAACCAUCAGCGGUGGCUCAAGAUGACGAAGAAGUCGACGAGACCGGGGUUGAGCCCAAGGAUAUCGAACUGGUGAUGACUCAAGCUGGGGUAUCAAGACCGAGGGCCGUGAAAGCCCUCAAAGCAGCCGAUGGCGAUAUUGUGUCUGCUAUAAUGGAACUUACAAAUUAGUAAGAGUUGCUAUCAAGAGGAUGUGUUUUUUUAUAUGGACUGUUGGAAUCUUUUUUGCCUAAUUUUCACAUGUUUUCACCUGCAAUUGGGAGUUGAGAGAUUUGAAUGUUCUGUAAACUUCCGUUAUCUAUUAGUUUUUAUAUUUACCCUGCCAUGUUUAUUAGCUACAAUUUGCUAUUUCUUUCCUGGGUUUCUCAUUAUUAACAAUAUAGAUACUAUUCGUCCAUUUGAAUAUGAAUAUAA